AUGACUACUGGCGUCUCGCAUCACGAAUUGCUGACUCUAAUGGACGACGAAAGAUGCAAUGCCAGUCUGACAGCAGUUGAUGUUUGUCGAAGGCUACCUGUUUGUGGUGGUCGGUGGUAUGCCGAGACGCCGGCGAUGACUCCGUACUUGGGCAUAUGGGAUCGUUCUUCAGCCAAGAUUGGCAACUCCAUUACGUUUCUUCCUACCCACCACUCCAGCCCGUCGCAAUCAAACACUGUAGAUGCUCAAGGUGUUACAAACCUGGCACGCCCUGAGACCCGAGGAGUUGGCGCAUCACCUCCCGUUGAUAUGUCGAGUAUCGGGGCUUUCGCCUACUACAUCGAAUCCAUCGAGUCACUAAGUCGGAUCAACACCUACUUUCUGCAGGAGAAGGUCAAUUUCAGUGACAGAAAAGAGGUUUCGGACUGGCUGACACGAUUCAAAGAACUGGAUCUACGCUUAGUUCACUGGAAGAUGUUCCUGCCUCAGCAGUGGAAGGAUUCUGGGAUAUCGCGUAAAGAAAUGCCAGGUGUCAUGGAUCCUAACAUGACUUUGGCCCACAUUACUCAUAACACUUCCAUGAUUCUAUUACACCAACGAAUCGCUUACCCAGCAUACGAGCUGUGUAGUAUCAAGCUGCCGAGUAGCUACAGCGCCGAAACCUGCCUCGGAGCUGCUGUCGAGAACGCGAAUAUAGUGAGGAAGUAUCUCGCUGGGUCGCCAGCUGAAGCAAUAGUCUCUCCCCAUAUGUCUUUCUGCUGCUUUAUUAGUGCAAAGAUUCUUCUGGAACUACUUGAAUAUGCCGACGAGAUCAUCGACGAGGAGAUUUGGGCCCAGGCAUCGACUAAACAGGCAGACAAACCAUCUCAAAUUGGAGGGAAUAUCUCUCAAAGCUCGGUUACACCAGUUAUGUGCGACAUUUCAUCUGUUGAAUCGACCGGCGACGAGCUCUCGGCGAUAUCCAGGGUGUUGAUGGAUGAAGGGUUUGCUGAAAUGGAUCGCAUCAUGAGCUACGAUGAUAUCAUGUUCAACACACGACUUGAGGAUUUUGAUGCAGGCUCGUCGGAUAUGUGGCUCAUCCAGGAAAGCGAUAGCGGUGAUCAGGCAGGCUUGUGA